AUGUCCUCUCGCUCAGCCCUUUCUUCAAUUAUCAGAGUAGGUUUGCUACUCCUGUGUUAUGCGAAUACGGCCCACAUACCAAUACGAGGAGUACCAUCGUCCAACAUCUCCGUAAAACUGAAGACAGGCACACUCGAGGGUGUCUUCAGUGAAGCCUACGAUCAAGAUUUCUUUCUUGGCGUACCAUACGCCAAACCUCCAGUCGGCGAUCUCCGUUUCCGUCGGCCCCAGCGUGCUGAUGCCUGGGAAGGUGUACGUGCAGCUCACGAAUACGGAUCCUGGUGCUAUGGGGUAUCGAUUAGAUUAGCCGGGUUCAGCCAGAAUAACACUGGACCGAUGAGCGAAGACUGUCUCACACUGAACAUCGUACGACCUGCGCACACGCCGGGGAAAGCAAAGUUACCCGUUGCAGUUUGGAUUCAUGGUGGUGGUUACUCUGAGGGGGGUUCAGCCGAUCAAAGAUACAAUGGGUCAUUCUUGGUUCAGGAGUCUGUUCAGAUGGGUAACGGCAUUAUCUUUGUCAGUUUCAAUUACCGCCUCGGUAUCUUUGGCCUUAUGGCUGGUCCAGUCUUGGAGCAAACUGGAGAUACGAACAUUGCGAUCCACGAUCAACGGAUGGCUCUCACUUGGAUUCAAGAGAAUAUAUCGAAGUUUGGCGGUGAUCCAGAUCAUGUAACAAUUUUCGGCGAAUCGGCAGGCGCUGCUUCCGUUGGCUUCCACCUAAUUGCACAUGGAGGUAGGGACUCUGGACUGUUCCAUGCUGCCAUAGCCCACAGUGGAGGCCCCUACUCUUACAAUGCCUUCACCAACGCCACCCAAAGGCGCCAAGAAUUUCAGAAUACGCUGGGACAUGCAAACUGCACAGCUGCUACGGACGCUUUAGCCUGUUUAAGAAGUGUACCUGCUGCUGCUCUCAAUGGUCUAAACAGCUUUGUCACCCCUUAUCCUAUACUCGAUGGAGAUCUCGUAGAAGACUACAGCUCUAAGCUUCUCGCUAAGGGCGCGUUCCGAAAGGUUCCUCUUUUGAUUGGAACCAACCGAAACGAAGGCUCGGCUUUCCUGAGACUAUUCCGCCCUACGGGCGUAACAACUGAAACCGAUUUUUUCUCCUUUAUCCAGGAACAUAACCCCGGACAAACGCUCCCCCAAGCCAUGCUCAGAUCAUGGAGUGAUGAAUAUAAGGAUGAAAUCUUCGACAAUUCGAUCGGUGGCUUGGGAACAAUUUCCGCUAAUCCUGGACCUGGAUAUGGUGCAUUCUAUGGCAAAAGCACCCUUUGGAUUGGAGAUCUCCUCUUUACGGCAGGCAGACGGUUCACAAAUCAGAUGUGGUCCAAACAUGGAGUACCUAGCUAUAGCUAUCUAUUCGACACUGUACCAGCAAAUCUGGACCCCGCAAUCGCCGGAUCAGCUCAUUUUUCUGACGUUUGCUUUGCGUUUGGUAACCUGGAAGGCCUUGGUUACUCAGUCAGCCCGCUUGGAACUUCUGGCUCGCCGCAGAAUGAAGUGCUCCGUCGUCUUGCCAAGCACAUGAGUCGGAUGUGGAUAAGUUUCUUUGUUCACAAAACGCCUAAUCAUCAUGGAAUACCUAAUGUGGUUCAUUGGCCCACUUAUUCCAUUACAAACGCUACCAACAUAGUUCUAAGCGCAGUAUCUGGUGAUUACACUACACCUGAUACGUGGAGAGAGAAGGCACUGCAGACAUUUAUAGAUCUUGCGCCUACUCUCCGAAGAUAA